AAAAUUGUAACAGUUUAUUUUAAACAAAAUUAAAAAAUAAUAAUUUAAAAGUGUUCAAUUAAAAGAAAAGAACAAAAUGUCCUCUCGUGUUAUAACCACCCUUAUGGCUGAGAGUGUUUUACUCUCAAAAACAGUUAAAUUUAUUUCCGGCUAUUCUCCCAUAACGGUAUUUUUAACAGCAGCAGUUAUAAUUUUCCUAGUGAUCUACAAUAAAAGACGCGCUCGUUUGGUAAGAUUAAUCGAGAAAAUACCUGGUCCCGCUUCAAUGCCCUUCCUAGGCAAUGCCAUCGAAAUGAAUGUGGAUCAUGAUGAAUUAUUUGCCCGUAUUACUGGUUCGAAAAGUUUAUGGGGUAAUCGUUUCGGCAUCUAUAAAGUAUGGCAAGGCACUAAUGCCUAUGUCAUGGUGUUCGAUCCUGAAACAGUAGAGCCCAUACUAAACAGUCAAAAAUUCAUUGAUAAAAGUCAUGAUUAUGAUUACUUGCGUCCCUGGUUGGGCACCGGUCUAUUGACUAGUUUCGGCAGGAAAUGGCACUCCAGAAGAAAGAUUUUAACACCAGCCUUUCAUUUUAAAAUUUUGGAGGAUUUUGUUGAUGUUUUCAACGAACAAAGCGCAAUUUUGACUAAUAAACUUGAACGUGAAUUGUCUUCGGAGGCAUUCAACAUUUUUCCAUAUGUUACAUUAUGUACUUUAGAUAUUGUGUGUGAAACCGCCAUGGGUCGCAGCAUUUAUGCCCAAAGUAAUAGUGAGUCUGAUUAUGUCAAAGCUGUUUAUGGAAUUGGUGAAAUUAUCCAAAAUCGUCAAUCGAAAUUGUGGUUACAUUUAGAUGCCAUUUUCCGUUUGACCGAAGACUACAAACGUCACACCAGUUACAUUAACACCCUGCACGGCUUCUCCAAUCGUGUGAUUCGUGAACGUAAAGCUGAAUUGGUCGAUAAUAAUAACAACAAUAAUAACACUGUCGAUGCUUAUGACGAUUUGGGUAAAAAGAAACGUUUGGCUUUCUUGGAUCUUUUGAUUGAAUACUCUAAGAAUGGUACACAUUUGUCCAACGACGAUAUUCGUGAGGAGGUGGAUACAUUUAUGUUUGAAGGUCACGAUACUACUUCGGCUGCCAUAUCAUGGACUCUAUUCUUAUUGGGUUCUCAUCCAGAAUAUCAGGAACGUGUUUAUGAAGAAUUGGAAUCGAUAUUUGGUGAUGAUCGUGAUACACCUGCCACUAUGAAGAAUCUUAUGGAUAUGCGUUAUUUGGAAUGUUGUAUUAAGGAUGCUUUGCGUUUGUUCCCCUCGGUGCCUAUGAUGGGACGUUCGAUUGGUGAAGAUGUUCAAAUUGGUGAAUACAAGGUUCCAGCUGGUACUACUGCUAUCAUUAUGACUUAUAUGUUGCAUCGUAAUCCUCGCAUCUUCCCUAAACCCGAACAAUUCAAUCCUGACAAUUUCUUGCCCGAGAACUGUGCUGGUCGCCAUCCUUUUGCCUACAUACCCUUCAGUGCUGGUCCCCGUAAUUGCAUCGGCCAAAAGUUUGCCAUACUCGAAGAAAAGGCCGUUCUCUCUACGGUAUUACGUAAAUAUAAAAUUGAAGCAGUCGAUAGACGUGAGGACUUAACCCUUUUGGGUGAAUUAAUUUUACGUCCCAAAGAUGGUCUACGCGUUAAGAUUACGAAACGUGUGUGAGAAAUUUGAAGAGCAAACACUUUCUACCAGGCCAAAUUGAGAUUAUCUUGCCGUUAAUUGUAUAAAAUUUAUUAAUUUAUGUAAUUUUAGAUUCCCUCCCCCGCUUCCCAGAAACCCUUUGCACUCAAUUUGUUUAUUGUUUGUUUUGUAAAUAACGUUUUGAUAUUAGUUGUUAUAAGUGUUUGUAUUUGAUUUUAACUAAUUUUAAUUGUAAGAAGAAAAUACGAUAAACGAAAUUUAAGUUUGCCUUAGUUUUAUAUACAUUUAUUUUUUAUUAGUUUUUAGCGUUGUAUAAGAUUAAUUUUUAAGUUUUAUUUUCAAGUUUUGCAAACUUUAAAAAAAGUUUUCAUAUAAAAAUAC